UAUUUAGCGAGGAAAGAUAAUCAGAUCGUGUCGCACCGUUCGAUCGUAUCCCACUGCCUCUUCUACUCACGGACCUCCUCUUGCACCCCCUUUCUCCCAGAAACCCUAACCUCUUCCUUCCAAUUCGAUCGAUCGAAACCCCCCGAUCCUUUUACCAUUUCUUUUCUCUUUAAUUAUCCUCCUUUUUGAUCGAGACCCGGUCCCAGCCUGGAGAAAUUUCUUUGAUUGCAAUUCUUUUCUUUAAAUUUAAACAAAAGGAAGGAACGGAUUGGUGGGCGAUGGCGGGGUCGAGCUCAUGGUCGCGGGCUUUGAUGCUGAUUUCGCCCUAUACGUUCGCUUCCAUCGGGAUCGCGAUCUCCAUCGGCGUUUCCGUCCUCGGGGCAGCUUGGGGAAUUUAUAUAACGGGGAGCAGCUUAAUUGGUGCGGCGAUCAAAGCUCCAAGAAUCACCUCAAAGAAUCUCAUUAGUGUCAUCUUCUGUGAGGCUGUUGCUAUAUAUGGUGUGAUUGUUGCAAUCAUUCUACAAACAAAGUUGGAAAGCGUACCAGAAUCACAGAUAUAUGCUCCGGAGUCUCUAAGAGCUGGAUAUGCGAUAUUUGCCUCUGGAAUCAUUGUGGGUUUUGCAAAUCUCUUCUGUGGUCUUUGUGUUGGAAUAAUUGGAAGUAGCUGUGCUCUGUCUGAUGCUCAGAACUCCACCCUCUUUGUAAAGAUUCUGGUGAUCGAAAUCUUUGGUAGCGCGCUCGGAUUAUUCGGUGUGAUAGUUGGAAUAAUUAUGUCAUCUCAAGCAACAUGGCCAGCAAAGGCAGCAUGAACUGCUAUUUCCAGAACCAAACAGGGCUGACUGCUUGUUACUCAUUGAGGUGGAAGUUUGGGAUGUAUCUUAAAUCUUCACUAAUAUCCCUGUUUCUUCGAUAUAAAUGUGGUGCCUGUGAAAGAUUUUAUGUAAUCAUUCCAAGGAAUAACUUGCAGAUUAUUAUAUUGACUCUCUUUUCGGUGAUUUUAAGAUCAUGCCUCAUUGUAAGGGUAUCUGUUUCUGUGGAGAGGAUUUCUUUUUAUGCUAAAUAAAGAAGAUGCUUUUGAUUUGAUUCC